AUGCCAAUCAAGCUUCCCAAGGGCUUCGCCCGUCGAAAAUCGUCUAGCAAUGCUCUAGAGGAAGUGCAAAAUCCUACUCAGUCAUCAUUUCGAGUCUUUGAGCGACCGACCGGCGACAAAAAGUCUUUCAGCGAUGGGAAUUUAGUGGCAAAGCGCUUAAGCGAAGGUCAACCUUUGGAUUCCCCCUCAGAGGAUGACAAUAAUAUCUUUGCUUUGCAUAAUUCUCAACCAGCAAGACAUCAGUAUGAGCCCCCUCUUUCGCCCGAUGAAUAUCUUACCCCUUUUGCCCAUCCCGACGGGCCACAGCCCGAAUCACAGUCGCCACACACUCGGAACCUCUACGAUAUACCAAUCCCUCCUCUGUCAGGUGCGAUUCGCGCAGCUGGUCGCACGUUUUCAUUCGGCGGAAGAUUCUCCAAGGCAUCUGCCCCGACACCUCCGCCUCAGCCGUCUACACCGGGUCCUUCUAGAAGCAGGGGUAUGACAACAAGCACGUCAAGCACUGCAACACCACCAAAGCUUCCCGAUACAGAACUUCGAAUUGGAAAAAUUGACGACGACUUUCAAAAUAUGUUCGGUGAUAUUGGGAAGCGCUAUUAUGGGUCGAAGGACGCUUCUCUUGAUCAGCCAGUAGACCUGGACUCAUCCGGACCUUCUAGCCGACCAGAUGCCUUGCCUCGAAAGGACGAGAGGGUCUCACGCCCUACCCCCAUUGAUACUGACCGUUCAAGGGAGGUUGAGCCAUCACCAUACUCUUGGGAUAGCCGACAUUCGGAGGAGGGCCUUCUGACCACACUCGAUUCACCCAAUGAACAACCGGCAACACAACCAUACCAACGCAAUAUCGAUCCAGUCUCCGUUGGAGACCGGCGCAAAUCUAUUCCUCUGCCCGGUACUACGCCUUUGGCUACUACCUCCCAUCGUUCCUUGGCAAAGCCUCGAACGACAGCGGACAAAGGUCUACGGAGAAGUGGGGUUUACUCUAACAGACGGGACUCUGUACCUGUUGAAGAUGAGGACGCGAAAUUAAUCAUGGAAUCUCUGUACUCUAAAAGGAGCUCACAAGUACCAUUUAUGGCUGAUCACGGGGCUUCGGAUGCGGAAAAUGAUGGCCCUUUGUUUGACCAACCUGGGGCAAAUUCUUCUCAUCCUGAUCGCCGGGAAUCUAUUCAGAAAGACUCACUGAGCUCUCCUGUGCUAUCAGAUCACCUUGAUCCGUCGAUUGCAGCCCAUGCCCGUUUGGCUGCACAAUACGAAAAAGCACAACCGGUAACGGUCUCCUCUACGAAUAAAGUCAUGACUCCAUCCCAAUUCGAACAUUAUCGUCAGCAGCAAGAGCUCAGACGGUCGAACAGCGAUGCCUCGAAGAGUGAGAAUUCUGCUGAGAGCGAUUACGAUGACGAUGAUGAGGUGGAGAAAGACCGUGAGGCCGAGAGACAGCGGCGCAAGCAAGAGGCUCAUCUUUCAGUUUAUCGACAGCAAAUGAUGAAGGUGACCGGCCAGGAAUCGCCCGCGCCAGCUAUGAGAACCGAAUUGGAUCAGGCUAGUAAGAGUGCGCCGAAUUUAUUACAACCUGGAACUACCUUGGGGAGUGGGAAAAGCAGUGAUGGUGACGAUGACGAAGAGAUUCCUUUGGGAAUUCUGGCAGCUCACGGAUUCCCCAACAGAAACCGCCCCCCAAGCCGCCUGGCACCAUCUAGCUCCAUUCCUAACCUCCGGGCGUCUUUCCAGCAACCGUACUUGUCUUCCCCGUCUCCUGCUUCCGUUGCAGAAAGGGAUCCCAACAAUCGUGGAAGCCUGCCUGUUUUUGCGCGAAACUUGCCGCGAGACCCUUAUUUCGGAGCCAGUCUGGUCAACCAAUCCAACAGAGAGUCUCUGGCCUUGGGAGGAGGAGCAUCGGUCCAUGGCGGACCUUCGCCUGCGCUACCGCCCGGAGGUCUAGUAGGAGUCAUUGCCACGGAGGAGCGGGCAAGGGCAAUGCGGCGAGGUAGCCCUAAUACCCAAGCCAUGUACGACUAUCAAGGGGGGAUGCCUGUGCCGCCUGUUCACCCUAGAGGCAUUCCAAGACCUUACACAAUGAUGAGUUUAAGCUCGCCCAAUGCCGGUGGCGUUCAGCCAACGAUCUCCGCGACUGAACAGGCGCAGAUAGAGUUAUCUCAGCAGAUGACGCAAAUGGUGCAGAUGCAGAUGCAAUGGAUGCAGCAGAUGAUUCACAUGCAGGGCGGACAGAGCACCCAACUAAUGCCACCUGGCGGGCCUCCACCCACGCUAGGUGCCAACCUGAAUGCGCGCCCAUCCUCAAUGCCCUCAGCUGGCAAUAUGAAUAACCCCCAUGCUGGGUACUCGGGCGAUCAGCGGACGCUAAGCAUGCUUGAUCCGAAUGUCUCCUCCCGUCUCAAUAGUGCAGCUAUGCCCCAUGUAUCUGGGGGCCUCAGGCCAAGCACUCCGGCUGGGCAAGGGUAUGCGCCGUCUAUUGCACCAUCGGAACGCAGUAAUGUUGGUCUGGCGCCUCGUUACAGACCCGUCUCUACGAUACAACCCGACUUAGGAAAUGUCGGCUCCCCGUCCAUACCGAAGUCAUGGAGUGAUGAAAACCGGAAGUCCUCGCUUUCAGCUGCAGUUCCGGCGGCGCCACAGGCGUCUCAAAUGAGCCACCGUCCCAUGCCAAGUAAUAGCAAACCAAUAAGGGCUAGCAAGCUGAAUGUUGGUGCGGACCAAGAUGACGAGGACGAUGAUGAAGGCUGGGCCGAAAUGAUGAAGAAACGAGAAAAUAAACGCAACAACUGGAAGAUGAAGAAAGAAACGUCGAGCUUUGGAGAUCUGUUGAAUGCUGUGCAUUAG